GGGACAUAAACCAAAGUGCGCCAUCCGCCGGGCAGGCGGGCGGGCCGAGACCACAGCCACAGCGCGCGCCCUCGCCGAGGGACAUGGAGAGGCGACGGACGUUUUGAGUGACGCGCCACUGUGACGCUCCAGUGCAAUAAGUGACUCGCGUGCGGCACCGGCACCAGAAUGUCGUCGUUGGACGGGGGAUACACGCCGAAGAAGGAUGGCGACGGCCGGAGGCGCUGGCCCCAGGAGUACUUCGCAGCUUUCGCCGCGAGUCUCUCCGAGGUGACCAUCGGCUUCGUGUACGGCUGGUCCUCCACGGCGCUGCCCUUGAUGGAGGCGGAGACGUGGCCGUGGCGCAUCACCCCGGACGAGUCCUCGUGGAUCGUCUCCCUGGUGGACAUUGGGUCCAUGGUCAUCGCCAUCCCCGCGGGGCUGGCAGCCAACCGGUUGGGCCGCCGUUGGGUCCUACUCUUCUCCGCGCUCUUUUUCAUCGCUUCCUGGGCCAUCAUCCUCGCGGCCAAAUCAGCCUACGUGAGUACACAAUGAAAAGGGACACUCUAU